AUGCACCACUCGAGCUUCUGGCCACGCGAGGGCGUCGACUACGUCGGAAAGCGAGUGUGCAUGGUUGGCUCGGUGGGCACGGGUAGCACAGAAAUCCAGAUGUCGCAGGAGAUGUCUAAGCAGGCGGCGGAGCUGACCAUCUUCGAGCGAGCGCUCAACAUGGCGCUGCUGCUGCCCAACCAGAAGCUCGCAGCAGAUAAACAGGCUGCGCGUAAGGAAGACUACCCAGGCAUUUAUCGGGCCAGGCUCGAGAGCACAGGCGGAUACGACUUCAGGGCCGGUGCCAUCGGCACCAUUGACCACACGCCGGGACAGCGCGAGGCAAACUAUAGCCCUUUCUUGAAAUAG